AUGAAAACCGCCUGGCAACGCUUGAUCCGUUUCGUCUCCACCGACGACCGGAUCCUCCAUGGCGAGCCCAUCUUGCCCUCUGAAGGUUUUGAUCUGGGGACUACCACGGAGGACACAAAACUCAAAGCGAGAGUUAUCACGGGGGCAGAUCUCUACGACACAACCGGUGCGACCAAAGUAACUGAAGAGAUUGUGACGGUCAAGAAACUGCUGGGGCCGCUCACACCGGCGGAUGUCCCCAUCUUGCGAUGCAUCGGCCUGAAUUACCUCACUCAUAUCCGCGAGACUGGCCGCCCAACCCCGUCAUACCCCGUCAUGUUCUUCAAGCCUUCGACAACAGUGCAUGAUCACGGGACCAACGUCGUCAUCCCCAAGAUCGCUCAAGAUGAGCAGGCCGACUACGAAGGAGAGCUGUGCGUGAUCAUCGGCAAAGACGCAAAAGACGUGCAAGAAGCCGACGCGCUAGACUACGUCGCGGCAUACACAGUCGGCAACGACGUCUCGGCUCGCAAGCUCCAGCUUCACCCGCACUUUGCCGGGCCUAUGCCGCAGGCCGAUUUCUCCAAGGGAUUCGACUCGUUUGCUCCGUUAGGCCCGGCCCUCGUGUCGACUAGCCUUAUCCCCGAUCCGACGGACAUGGCUCUGACGACUACCGUGGACGGCGAGCUAAGGCAGCAGGCGCAUCUUAGUGACCUGGCGUUUACGGUGCCGCAUUUGAUCGCCUUUCUGUCGAGUGGCACGACUCUGCAGAAGGGAAGUGUUAUCAUGACUGGGACACCUGGAGGCAUAGGAUCUCGGAUGAGCCCGCCGAGAUGGUUAUGCGUUGGGACCCAGAUGGAAGUGCGGAUCGACAAGAUUGGAACUCUGAGAAAUGGGGUAGAAUUCCAGCAGUAG